GCUCUUUUUUAUAUUUCCAAGGACUUGAUUGUUUCAAGAAUAAACAGCUUUUGUCUAUAUACACAUACGUAUAUGCAGCGUGUGCACCGAGGAGAGUGAGUUUGUUAUUUUGUUCUCUGUGGAGACACACUCUGUGCUUGGCACCUCUGCCAUGGCCCUGGUGAGGUUCAAGGAACUGGGGGAAGAUGAAUUGAACUUAGAAGAGGAGAACCUAGACAGUGUCAAGGCCUUGACAACAAAGUUGAAGCUACAGACACGGCGCCCAUCUUAUCUGGAGUGGAAGGCCCAUGUGCAAAGUCCCUCCUGGAGAAAUGGGCUGCAGGCUGGAGCUCUGAAGACCCACCUGGAGAAGCAGGGUGAAGAGGCAGUAGGAGAAGAGAAUCAGGCCCAGGGACCCCUGAAGUCUGUUUGUGGAUUCCCCACCAUUGGUAUGGCCUUUGAAUGGCUUCGGAUGGAACUGAGGAAGAUGCAGGCCCUGGACCACCAGCUGGCACGGCAGCUGAUGCGGCUGCGGGCCCAGAUCCAUCAGCUGAAAGUGGAGCAGGCGUGCCAUCGCCACAAAGAGAUGCUGGAUGAUGCCACCUUUGAACUGGAGGGCUGUGAGGAGGACUCGGACCUGCUCUGCAACAUUCCCCCCAAGAUGGCCUUCCUCCUGUCUACCCCUCUCAAGCACAUUGGAGUCACCCGCAUGAAUAUAAACUCACGCCGCUUCUCCUUGUGCUGAUGGACCUUCAACCCAUUGCAUGCUUGCUCGGCGCUUGUGGCUGUUGGCAACCAGGAAGUAUCUUGGCUCCCAUUGCCUGCAUCUAUAGAUUUUGCACCCAUGUAGAGCAACCCAUGUCUCGCCUGGCUGAUCUGCUCUGGGCCCACAAACAUACCUGGACUGCAGUGGUGAAAUCUAAAAUUUGUUACUACUAGUUCUGUGGGCAUGGCUUGGGGGGGGGGAAUGUGACUGGGUGGCCGUGGCCGGUGAAGAGGUUGUAAAAAAUGCUUUCAAAAGGCUCUGACGAUCCCAGCUGAGUUGCCUGAUUGGC